UCACAUUUCCGCCGAGCGUAUCUCGUAUCUCCAAGCUGCGAGCCGUUCUGCGAGCUGCCGCCAACAGCUGCGAUGUUCUCGUGCUACCCUGCGUCGCGAAAGCCGCUACGAACGCUUCGUGAAUCGUGACAGUGUGCGUGUGUUUGUGUGUUUUCACGUACGCCGCGACCCAGCACUUGGGGCAACGGAAAGCGCUAGCGACGACCGAACGCCAUGGGACGAAAAGCGUGCGACUACCGUCGCUGCUACGUCGUACCUACAGCGUUUGGAAACGCCGGCAGAACAACCACACCUACGCGCGUGGUGUAACCGCAGCGCUCCAGCUGGCGUAACACAGGGGAGAAGUGCUUCGUCAGAAGCCCUCGGAUUAAACCCCGACGUCUGCUAGUCAAUCCAAAGUCAUGAGCGUGUACAACGUGCGGUCGUCUCAGACGGUCGCCACCGCCUACUUCAGCCUGGACGCCGCGGCGCGGGCCUGUCUCGACCCGUUCGUGCCCAUCUUCCUGCGUCACCACGGGCUGACCGCUCUCCAGGCGGGCUUCGUGCUCUCCGCGGCCGCCAUCUUCUCCGGUCUUUUCGUUCCCGCCGCCCUGUGGAUACCCAGGUGGCGCCGCAACAGCUGGCGCUCCGUACUUCUGGCCGGCAGCGUUGUCUCGAUCGUGUGCUACCUGUCCCUGCUGGCGAUACCGCCGACGACGACAGGUGGAGAGUGGGUAUCGCCGUGUCGGACGUCCGAGUUGGCCCGCGGCAAGCACACUGACGUCGAUUCGACUGACGGAUCGAUAGCUUUGAUACAGGGAGGGCACGUCGAUGGUCAAAACGCUCAUCAUGGCGGUGGCAGUGGUACCCUGCAGGGAGAAGCUAAGAGCAGCAGUGGGAAGCCGUUUCCGGCGCCCUCUCCGACCUACGAACUACUGCCGACGGCCGUACCUCUGGAUGCAGGCCCGGCCUACCUUCUGUCGUCGCGCGACGCAACGGCCGUGGAAGGACGAUUGCAUCUGCGAGAUCGCAGGGCAGCGAACGUGUCUGACGAAGAAGGCGACGCGGUAGGAGUUGCGAUGCGUGUUCAAGGUACGGCGUCCCCCGAAGUCGCGAAGAACGCAUCUAAGGAUGUCCCGUCGCAUUCCCUUGACGGAGUCGUCAUACCCGUCAAGGACAAGAAGGGUAUGCCUUCGGUGCCCGCCGCGAACCCGGAUUGUCAGGGUGAUCGGACGAGUCCGGACUGCCCGGCGGUGACCCACGGUGAGGGCGCCGACGACGGGGAAUCGAGGAUCACCGAUUCGUUCAUGGACAACGCCGCGCUUCUGCUCCUGGCCGCUGCCGUCGUGCUCGGAAGCUCGACGUUCGCGCUGGCCAAGUUCGUCGCGGACGAGUCGUACUUCGCCUUCCUGGACGAGAUCGACGCCACCGAGAAGUCUCGCAGCCACGAGACGUACGCGGCGGUCGUCACCGCCCUCGUUCUGGGCGCCGUCGCUAUCUUGGCCUCGCAGACGCCCUGCCUGCCUCUACCGACCUGGGGAUUCCAGGAGGUCUACCUGGCGGCCUUCGGUACGCUCGUGUUCGCCUCCCUGCCGCUGGCCGCCUUCUUUCCCGAGCCUCACCAGCCUCUGCGUCGCCAGGCGACCUCCGGGGCGUGUCGCGGCGUCGGCUCGGUGCUCAAGAACGUCGAGGGAGCCCUUAUCGUGGGCGGCCUCGUCUUCCUGGGACUGCUGGCGGGCCUGGAACAGGCCUUCUUCAUGUGGCACCUCGAGGAGACCGGCAAGAAGGUCGAGCUAGGUGUCGUCCUCAUGGCCAGGGCCGUGUCCAAUGUGGCCUCGCUGUUCCUGCUGUGCGCCGGUGGUCUUCCCAGCCGCCUGCUGGCCUGGCUCGCCUUCGGCAUCGUGUGCGUCGCGGCACGCUGCGCCUGCUAUGUGCAGUCCGGCUGGGAACUGGCUGCCGUGGCGCAGCUUCUGUCCCCGCCUUCGACCGUGCUCGUGUGGGUCGCCUGCGAGCGGUGGGCCCGGCGUUCUUCGACGAGACUGAGCACCGAGCGCGGACUGUUGGUCGUGAUGCGCUGCUGCCACAACGGUUUGGGCUUCUGCGUCGGUGCCCUGGCCGGGGGCGGCAUCGCUGCCUGGCUCGGUGUCCGUACAACUCUGGGAGUCGGUGCUGUGGUCGGAAUCAUCGGCGGAUUGGCCAUGUUGGCCGCGAGCCGGUUUGUGGCAGGCCGCCCGCCCAGCUACGACCGGCUGCUGUGGGACCCGACGAGUGCCAACUCGGACAGCGAGUCCGAGGAAGAGCCCAAGAUGGCCGGUGACGCCGGUGUGCCUGUUACGGUGACACCAGUAACGUCGUGAUCUCGUAUCUUUUACCCCUCCCCACCCCAAAUUACACGGACCCACGAACGAACGUUGACCUCCAAAACACAGUGUAGGGUGAUGUGUGUGUAAGCGGUGUUUUUUUCUGCGAGAUUUUGGUGUUUUUGUAAUCAAGAUGGCGGAAUGACAGGGUUGUCACUUGUGUAAGCGGAGCGUACGUGUACAUUCUAGUCGUGUUGCAUACACUGUAUUGCCGGACACGUCACAUCCUCGCUGAUUCAAGGCACCGCUGCAUGCGACACGCUGACAUCCAGCUGUGACUGUCUCCACGGGCUCACGAAAGUUGUAACGCCAUCAAAUUCUUGCGUACGGCACGCGGUUAUCCCUAUCUGGCUGUGCCCACAGAUGUCCCAAAGUAAAUGACGUCACCAAUGUUUUGCCGUACAGUGAUCUGUGCAGGCCUGCGUGUGUGACAGUGAAAUUCGGCUUGCAUCUCGUCGCUGCAAUUAAAGCCACGUGAUUGUGAAAGAAAUCUUGUGGUGCACAUUGCAGUCAGGUUUUGUUUGCUCGCUUUUGAUUGUGGACCAACAGUACAGCACCUUCGUUGGUUGAGGUGUUGCUUGAGGCAUUGGUUGAGUCUAAGUCAUGUAUUUUUGCCAGAACAACUUUCAUGCAAUACGUUUCUCUUAUUUCAUUUUACCUCUGCCAAAUAGCAAAACUACUCCUUGUUCGAAAACUCCCUAAAACAUGUACACAUUUAUUCAAUUUCAUGUCGCACUUUUAACAUGUCUAUGAUGCAUGAAUUGACCCACGUUUUUCCACUGACUAUCGUUGCAUGCAUUUUGCCCUACAUUCAACCGAAGAAACAUGCAACUCAUUUUCAGCUGCCUUCACCUGCUCUUUUUCUAAUUUAUCCCUGUGAUGCACUAAUCCAAUGGACAUCAACAGUUUUCUAUAAUAGCAAAUAGUCAAAAGAUUGUAUCAAUAUGGGUAUUAAGUUUGCUUUCACGCUCAUACAGAGAAGGCAUUCCCCUCGCAAUAUCAUUUCCCUCUGUGUGAAAUACGUGCAAUUGAACUUUAUUUGUAUGUCGCAUUGAAUGAGCCAAUGCGCUCCAUUGCCGUGGUAUCUUGUCUAUGUAAUCCGUAACAAUAGUGGCAUUUCGGUUAUGCGGGCUAAAGGGGUACAUUUAGAACACAGUGAGACGUGUGCAUAAUUUUCUGGAACAAGUUUCUGCGUACCAUAUUCUCAUCAUCCUUGUGUGUGUGCAGCAUCUUGUGUGCGCACGUGGCAAAAGAACCUUGUGAUCACGGUAGAUAGCGAGAUGGUGGAGUUUCCUAGAGAACUCCGUUACAAGAGAACACCAAGUGCCUUCCAGAGCGUGGCCUCUGUGACUAGCUCCGCCAGCCCGCCGUUGUUCGGCGUGCCGCCGGAGCCAAUCUCGGAGGCCACGUCCAGAGACUGCUAUUACGCCGACUAUGCGCACGGGUCAGUCGCGUCACAAGUGUUCCUCUCUCUAGUCAAGAGCUCUAGUUCCCGGUAUUUUUGGUCGUACCUGUAAGUACCUGCUCAGUGUACUUUUAUGGAACUGUCGCCGCAUGUGUACCUUUGUGUGGUUCGUUUGUAGAAUAAAGCCGUUGCGUGAAAGCUA